ACUUUAUGACCUUUAUUUGUAAGCUUAUCUUCAAAAGAGAAGGAACAAUUAAAAAUUCUUUAAACUUUAAUCACAAGAUGGCUAGCAAAAGUUAUUCAAGUCAAGACUCUUUAAUUACAUCAAAUUAUUCGACAGUAAUGAUUGAAAAAUGGACAAAAUAUAUUGAAAAGACUCAAGAAUUCUUCCAAGCUCAUAUUGAGGUCAUCAAAAGCGUUAGCGGAAUGUUAGGAAAUUCUACAGCCUUUGAAGGAAUCUCGAAUGCUAAUGGAACUUCCGGAACAACUUUCAACGUAAUUAAUAAAAUUACAUCUUCAGAAGAAGUCCCAAUAAGCGAAAACAGUCAAGAGAAUGUAAACUCAUUUGUAAAACAGGAACCGAUUUCGACUUCAACACCAAAACGUGAACGAAAACGUGUUCGUAACGAUUCUUUUGUUACUGGCGAAGAAAUUGUUGAUGACCAUGUUUUGCCCACAGAAUUAUACUGCUGCGAUUGUAAACGUAAGUUUAUUAAAGGAAAUGGAGAAUUCACGCGUCAUAUUAGAGAAACUACUUGUCGACCUUACAAGUGCCAUUGCGGGAAAUUGUUUCGAAAAAGAUCAACUAUGAAAUCUCACCAGAUGAUUCACACUGAGCCAUCAUUUAAAUGUCAUUGUGGAAGCAUUUUCCGAUGCACAAAAUACUUGCGCAAUCAUCAACGUCGUAUCCAUGGCAACAACGCUAUUGAAUGUCAACAAAACAAUGCUAAGCGACAAUGUCUCGCAAUGGAUUCUGCAAUCGAUCUUCAAAUCAAAGUCAAGGAAGAAGAAAUAAAAUUUGACACAUCGGAAUUGAAUCCCAUGGAUUUACUCAGCUUGCACUUGCAGGAAGACUAAAAUUUCCACAAUUUAUCAUCAAUUUCUUAUUUUUCCAUUUAAUUUGGUUUUUGAUCAAUGCUUAUUGGACAUUGAAGUUAUCAUGAAAAACGUGAAUUAUUAUUUGAAAUGAAAUUUAUUUAGAAAUAUUCAAAAUUUAUUACUAGUUUAUAGAACUUUUGCUUAACUCGAUGAUUUAUAAUUCCAUCUAAGUUUUCAUUUUUCAUUUUAGUGAAAAAUAAGUAAAACAUUCUUUUUCCUUCUAAAAUAUUUUAGUACCUUUAAUAAUCAAUUAAAUUUGCACAACACAUUAUGUGACUGCAUAAUAGAUAAGAGUUGUAAAUAUU